CGUGAAUUGACAGAUUUUAAUGAAGUUGCUGAAGCAUUGUGGAAGCCGAAUAAUCUCUAUUUUUGUUUUAUAAUAGUUGCUUUAGUAACACCAACCAAAAUUUAAUUUACUCUAAAGCUGCUAGACUGAAAAACACUACAAAAUGAGUUUCGGUCUGCCUCCGUUGAAAGUGAAGCCCGAGGUCGGCAGCGACAUCAAAGUGCAAGAAGGUCCUUUUGGAGUCCCAGAUCCAUUUACGGCCGGGCUGGGAGCUACCAAGGCGAAUGUCGGCAUCUCUCAUCCUUUAGAAGUAUCUGAACGAAAUUACCGGUUGAACGAAGACAAAAUGAACAUGGCAAUGCUCCGGAACAUCCAGGGCCUCCAUGCACCGAUGAAAAUCAAUAUGGAAUUGAAUUUUGCAAAUAAGGUGGGUCGCCUACCCUUCCUACCCAGCUCCAACCUUCAGCGCGACGUCUUAACCGGCCGAGACAUUGAAAUAGGCUUCGAAGACAUCCUCAACACACCUGAACUGUGCGAAGUAGCUGGCCAACCCCAUGCUGUGAUUGAAAGGUCUCUUGGGCUUCUGUGAGACAUUUCUGUUAAUUUGUAUUCAAAUAAAUAACUGAACUGAAAGGUUUGUACCCAUUUGUAGGUACAGUCGCCAUCAGAAAUAACGGAGCGCCCGAACUUACAAAUAUGUGAACAUGAUUUUUUGCCAUGACGUUAGGGACCGUCCCCACUCAAGAGACGCAUGUCCUGAGGCGCGGAACGGACGUCCGCGCCACGCCGCCUGAAUGUAAUUUAAAAAACGUCUCCUCAGUACAUUUUGUAUAGGAAGGACGCUCAAGAGACGUCCCUUGGCGUGCACGAGGCGGCGCGGCGCGCGCCAAGCGACGCGUCGCCUGGAGGCGCUUACCUCUUUCCUAUACAAAAUGUACUGAGGAGACCUUUUUUAAAUUACAUUCAGGCGGCGUGGCGCAGACGUCUGUUCCGCGUCGGCGUACAAGCGUCUCUUAAGUGUGGACGGUCCCUUAGAGGCGUGUUUAAAUAUUUUUGAACUCUGGCUCUCUGAUAUAUCGCUCGGCAUAGAUGUUUGGUGCUCUCAUAUAUAAAAAGAGAGAACUGGGAGUACACAAGUAAAAAGUAUCUGCAUUUGGGCUGGUACUCAAGCCAUUUUUGAUGUACUUAGGUACAUCAAAUUACAGAUGAUAUAAAUAAUAAAAAAAUGCCUAUUUGUUCAGUUGUUUGUGUAUGAAUGUAAUAAAAGUAUGUAUUUUGAA